AUGCUGGCGGAGGAAGCGAGGAUCAAACGCAAUGCCAGAUUCAAGGACAACAAGGUUCAUGUACUGCUUUACUUCAUUACGCCGACAGGACAUGGCCUUCGCGAGCUGGACAUUGAGUUGAUGAAGAGACUGUCACCAUGUGUCAAUUUGGUCCUAGUCACUGGCAAAGCUGAGGCUCAUACGCCAGAAGAACUGCAAGAAUCAAAGAGCUUAAUUAUAGCAGACAUUGAGCACUACAACAUCCCUGUCUAUAAGUUUCCAGAAAACCUGGAAGAGGAUGAUAGAGAUACGAUUCAGGAGAAUACUGAGCUGCGGAAUCUCCUGCCUUUCGCAUUUGUAGGGUUAGAAGCUCUUGGCGCGGGAGAACCAGCUCCGCGAACUGGAAGCGCGCGUGCAGAGAGCUCAUGCUGGUACAAUGACAUUAUGAUCUCUCACACAUCCAUCACUGCAUACACUAUAUCUGUCGACGUGUUAGGAACGAAGGCUCAUAGAAUGGAAAAAGAAGUGCUAUCAACUCUAUAUUGCACUAUCGAAGUAGCUUAG